AAAUGGACUGAAUGUUUCAAGGAUCAAAUCAGGAUGUUUAUUUUCAUCUGGUUAAUCGUGUCUCUCUCUACUAACAAAGGGGCAUUAGGAGAGGAAAAAUACUGUCAAAUCACAGAUUAUUGUGUUACCCUUACAAAUAAUACAGCAGAGGCUGGACGUUGUGCUGUGAUACCAUGUUCUUUCACAACUCCCUUUAAACCCAAACAUAUUAUUUGGUAUAAAUGUGACAGAAUCAAAUGUUCAGAUUCUCACACUGUAUUUCACUCUGAUAAGAACAAUGAAAACGUUCAGGUUGGAUUUAAAGGUCGAGUGUCACUGCUGGAACCGGAUGUGACUCAGAAGAACUGCAGCAUCAUAAUCAAUGAUCUCAAUGAGUCUGAUUUUGGAUCAUAUCAGCUCAGAGUAGAGGGAUAUAAAUCACAUGAAAAAUUUACAUAUACUGUUAAAAGAACAAAUCUCUCCUUAUCAGAUCUGAACCAAAAGCCCAAAGUGAUGAUUCCUCCACUGACCGAGGGGCAGCAGAACAGUCUGACCUGCACUGCUCCUGAUUUCUGCUCUGGGUUACCUCCUAAAAUUACCUGGAUGUGGGGAGGAAAAGAAGAAAUUGAGUCUAACUUUCCAGGAAACAUCACGGUUUCUUUAGAAACUGAGACUCUGACUAAUUUCACACAGAGACACCGCUCAAUUCUGACCUUUAACCCUUCAGCUAAAUACCACAACAGAAAAAUAACCUGUAAGGUCAGCUUCAAAGGUGACACAACCACAGAGGAGACUGGAACUCUGAAUGUAAACUAUAGCAGAAAACCCCAGAUAUAUGGCAAAACAACAGUUAUGGAAGGAGACGAUCUGAAUCUGACUUGCAGUGUUGACAGCGUCCCUGCAUCAGUUAUUAAGUGGACUAAGUCUGGAAUGGAAAGCAUCAAUAUUUUAAGGAAAGCAGAUAACAGCACGGUGAUGUACCCGCAGGAAAACAGUGGAAACGUCUCUUUUUCCAUCAUUAAUGUAACAGCCAAAGAAGCUGGACGUUACAUUUGUACAGCGACAUAUCAGAAUGUCAACAUGACAGAAGAAAUCCAUGUGAAAGUGACCUAUAUAAGAAAGCCUAAGAUCACUGGCAGUACAAUGGUUAAUGAGGGAGAGGCUCUGAAUGUGACCUGCAGUGUUGACAGCUUCCCUCCCUCAGUUAUUAACUUGACUAAAUUUGAAAGAAAAAGUAACCUGCACAGCAAUAUUACAAGUACUUUGCAAAACAGCAGGGAACAAAGUGGGACCACAACCUUUUCCAUCACUGACGUUGCAGCAGAAGAUGCAGGCCUUUACAUCUGCACAGCAAAACACCAGAACAGAACUCUAUCAGAAUUAUUUAAUGUAACAGUAACAUAUACAAGGUUACCUAAGAUCAUUGGAAACCCAAAUAUAAAGGAGGGAGAUGUUCUGAAUCUGACCUGCAUUGUUGACAGCUUUCCUCCAUCACUCAUCACGUGGACCACACAUUCAGCCAGCAUAAAUCCACACAAUAGAACUAGUUUCCUCAACAGUACUGGAUCUGCUACACUUGUCAUCCUUAACAUGACAGUGGAAGACUCUGCAGAAUAUGUCUGCACAGCAACACACAUGAACAACACUGUGACUGAAUAUGUUGACAUAAAAGUGACUUGGUUUCCGAAGGUACUGAAUGGUUCUGGUUGUCUGGUUCGGUCAGAUGUUUUAACUUGUGUGUGUAUCAGUGAGGGAUUUCCUUUACCCACUAUAAAAUGGCCGAUGCUGAACAACCACACUCGCUACUCUGUCAUCAACAUGGUGUCAAAUCACACUGUCAACAGCACUGUUACCAUACCUAUUAAAACCCAUGGCAACAUCAGCGUUGAUUGUUUUAGCAGCAAUGAAAAUGGGGAAGCAAAAGAGAAACUCAGAGUCCAACAAGACUGGCCAAAAAAUGAAGAACACACAACUACUUUAAGAAAAAGUUCUACACUGGAAAUUGUCAUUGCCUUUUCUACUGGGCUCCUCCUCUCAGCUAUCAUCUGUUGUUUGUUCAUGAAAGUCUACAGAAAAAAAGAGAAGAAAUCUGGAAAUCUGGAUCAGUCUCUGGAAAUGGUCUCACUUCUGAUGUCUAAUGGUCAAGCUGUACAAGGUGAUCAGCUACAUAGGGGAGCUCAGAAAGGACCUUUGGCUGCAGCUCCUGAAGCUACCAGUGGUUCGAAGGAAUUGGUGUAUGCCAGCAUUGACUUUUCCCUGCUGAGCCGGAUUCCCAGGAAAUUGGUAAAGAGUUCGGAAAGCACAAAUACGGAAUAUGCCGAAAUCAAGACAAACAUGGAAAAGGGAGCUGAUCCAGGGGAGAUGAUGAUUGAGGAGGAUAGCGAGAUGAAAAACUUUGUCGAAGAAGUGAAAGAUGAGGCUGAGGAACCAGUGUACUCAAAUGCAGAAGACUUCAUUAAUGAGAGUUGAAGAGGGAUUGGGAGAUGUACUGUAUUUGCAAUCAUGUCCAAAGCAGAAAGACAGAAACACCUCCUGAAGUUAAAGUUUUGAUUUUAAAAUUCCCUGUGGAUUCUAAAGUAAAGAAUCCAAUACAGAUUCCUUAUGUAUAAAAUAUAGUAAAGGUCGUAAGGAUGGACUAUUUAUUAGCACUGAUGGUUUGUAUCUCAUGAAACCAGUUGCACAAACCAUGGUAUACAACCUCUAUCUGUAAACAUACUGUUGUCGUUUUUGAAUGCAUGAGGCACAUAUGGAGACACGAUACUUACUAUUGCGACAUUAAUGAGAAAACCCCACAGGUUUUCUGACUUGCAACAAGAGCGCACUCAACUCUGGUGUGAUGUUAUUCACAGAUCAGAGUUCAGAUUUCUGACAGAAAUCGAAUGAUGAAUUGUGCAGCUCUUUAAAAAAUAAACAUUAGCCUCUCAAAAAUAGUUUUUUUCUGUUCUUAUAACCCUCUUGCUUAGACAUUUUAAUUAUAAACUUAACUCAUGUUUCAAGAAUGUUGUUCCUAUAGUGUGCAGUAUAAAAUCUUUAUGUAAAACGUCAAUCUAAUAUUGUCUAGCGUGACUUUUCCAAAGAAAAAGGAUGUGCUUCUCACUCUGAAUCCAGCUGCAAAGGCAGAUCUUCUCAUUGAGGUGUGCUGAAUAUUGUUGUAAAUUAAUGUCUUUAAUUAAAAACUUUUUGCUUUAAAUUCAAACUUUAUGGAGCAUUUCAACAGAUGCUUCACAUGCAGAAGGAAAACUUUCAAGAUCCAGCUGUGUUGCUCAAGUAAGGCACAAUGUGGCAUCUUUAGCGCACUUGGCACAUGUGUAUAUACUGUAAAGUCUGCAAUAAAACCCAAACAACUUCUUUUUUUUAAUUAAAUAGGAUAAAUGCAA